AUGAACAGGUAUGAAACAGCAGACCAUGACUAUAUGCAUGCAAAGGAUUACUUCAACAACUAUAAGUUUGGAUAUAUUGAAAGAACUACGAAGACUCUUCUUCUUCAAAGCUUAAGACCGGAAGAUAGACAAGGCGAAGACCUGCUUACCAUACUGAAUCAAAGUAAAUCCCAACUGAAGGAUGUUAAGUCUAUUGGACAAGAGGCUUCUAGAUCUAUUUCUGAGCUAUCUGAGCUUAUUUAUGAUGCCAAAAACAAGCUUUUGAAGUAUGAAGAGAUGUUAAAGUAUGAGAUAGAAAGAGAAAAGAGCUCUAAGGAAGAGUGUGCCCGUCUCGAAAGCCUUGACGAGAAUCUAAGGAUUUACGACGAGCUUGUAUCACAGUUUGACAGAGGAUGUAAAGAGAUGCAAGAGAAUGCUGAGAAGAUAAAUGCUCUUAAGAAAGAAAUAGAAAUGUUGAGCACUAGUGAAGCUGAAGAAGAACUGAAAAGCAUUAAGAGCCGAAGAGAUAAGCUUUCCGGAAGAAAAAAAAGACUUUCUCUGAUAACAAUGGAGAGCUACAUAGAGGAUUCAUAUAAUUGGUACAGAAAGGCGCUUGAGUUCAUUAGAAAUGUUUUUGGUAUAGAUCUUGUCACUGUUGAGCAAGAAAACAAUGAAAUGUACAUGAGGCUUAAAGUCUUUACAUGUGAAGUAGGAAUAUUUGUGAGGGAUGGUCGGAUGAUCGAAUCUAAGCUAUACGGUACCAGUAAUGAGGAUCUGGCCUUGUUGUUUCCAUCAUUAAGCAAGCUUGCCAUAUCUAUUAAUGAUCCACGUAUAUUACUUAUGCUAGUUGCAGAUAAGUGUAGGCCAUCUAAGGACUGA